CUCCGACGUGGCACACGAUUCCGUACAUCCAGAUUUGCUCGCUCAUCGGACGGCCUGCAUUGCAUCACCUUUCCAGAGCGAUCUUCCACUUUCACAUUUUUUCUCCCCCAAAAGGCUAUACAUAGAAACAUUCACAGAGAAAAAAUAUCAGCAUAGCCUAUCAAUCGGCCUCUCCAUUGUCUUCGAUCUCAAAGUCUAACAGGAGGUAACAUAAAAUGGCAGAUGGAGAAGAUAUUCAGCCACUUGUUUGUGAUAAUGGGACAGGAAUGGUUAAGGCUGGGUUUGCUGGAGAUGAUGCUCCCCGUGCUGUGUUCCCUAGUAUUAUCGGCCGUCCCCGUCACACCGGUGUGAUGGUGGGUAUGGGUCAAAAAGAUGCAUAUGUAGGAGAUGAAGCUCAGUCCAAGCGUGGUAUCUUAACACUCAAAUACCCAAUUGAGCAUGGCAUUGUUAGCAAUUGGGAUGAUAUGGAGAAAAUAUGGCAUCACACAUUCUAUAAUGAGCUUCGUGUUGCCCCUGAGGAGCACCCUGUGCUCCUCACUGAAGCGCCUCUUAACCCAAAGGCUAACCGUGAAAAGAUGACUCAAAUUAUGUUUGAGACAUUCAAUACCCCAGCUAUGUAUGUUGCUAUUCAAGCCGUUCUUUCCCUGUAUGCUAGUGGUCGUACCACUGGUAUUGUGUUGGACUCUGGUGAUGGGGUUAGUCACACCGUCCCCAUCUACGAAGGUUAUGCCCUUCCACAUGCCAUCCUUCGUCUCGACUUGGCAGGGCGUGACCUCACCGAGCAUUUGGUUAAGAUUCUCACGGAGCGUGGUUACACUUUCACCACCUCAGCAGAGCGGGAAAUCGUGAGGGAUGUGAAGGAAAAGCUUGCAUACAUAGCUCUUGACUAUGAGCAGGAGCUGGAAACUGCAAAGACAAGCUCUUCCAUCGAGAAGAGCUAUGAGCUGCCCGAUGGACAGGUCAUCACUAUCGGAGCUGAGCGUUUCCGUUGCCCAGAGGUCCUUUUCCAGCCUUCCAUAAUCGGGAUGGAAGCUGCAGGAAUCCACGAGACCACUUACAACUCUAUCAUGAAAUGCGAUGUGGAUAUUAGGAAGGACCUUUACGGAAACAUAGUUCUCAGUGGUGGGACCACCAUGUUUCCAGGUAUUGCAGAUAGGAUGAGCAAGGAAAUUACGGCAUUAGCUCCUAGCAGCAUGAAGAUCAAAGUGGUGGCGCCUCCUGAGAGGAAAUAUAGUGUUUGGAUAGGAGGGUCUAUCUUGGCCUCUCUCAGCACAUUCCAACAGAUGUGGAUCGCUAAGGCAGAGUAUGAUGAGUCUGGUCCUUCAAUUGUGCACAGGAAGUGUUUCUAGUUUUUCCACACAAAAAACAUGGGAUGUUGCUGAAAUGGAUAUGAAUUUCUUCUUCUUUUUUCCCCUACUGGGUGGGGUCAGUAGUGCUGCUUGGAAGUUGCAACCUUUAAAUAUUAUUGUAAGAUUUUCUGUUGUCAUUUUUUUUCUUUCUCGCGUCAUUCUAUUUAUGACGCGUUAGAAAGAAGCCGGAUACUUGUUGAACUUCAUUUCUAUGUGUUCCCAGAUCUUAUAUUUUUGUUGCCUUGGAAUUUCUGUGUUCCUCAAAUCUCCACUGUGAGCUUCAUUUUGUCUUGAUCCAAAUGCUGCGAUGGUUCUGUUUUUUUGCUCAUCCAUUCAUUUGUCAAAUUAUAAUGUUUAUGAAUUAUGAUUUUAGAUGA